CCCCUGCCUAAUCUAUAUCCAGAAACUGAAACUUCUCCAAUCCGACUAUUAAAACUAAGACAUAUGUACUUCCAAGAAAAUCUCCAAUUCGAAAAACAAACCCAAGUGACAUUUCCAAGAAAUUAUUCUCUUGUUCCCAGCAACCAUGAAUUUUGGGAAAGCUUUCCUACUCGGGAUUGCCAUCACGGGAAUUGUUGCUUGUUUAGCAACGGGGGGAUCGGGUGUCCCAGUACCCGAUUCUGAGGGGAACGACCUGCAGGGGCAAGUUGAACUAAGGGAGGAGGAUUUUUAUAACAAAACUCAAGUCCAGUUGGAUCCUGUGGAGGGAAGCCUGAGCGACGGCAAGGAUAAAGGUGAUGACGACGACGCUGAUUUAACCUCCUCAUUCCCACAGGAAGAAGUAGAGAAAAGUGACCAAGAUGAGGAUGCGAUGGAAGCUGCAGCUGCGCCCAAACUACGAGUGAAACGAAAGGGUGGAAAAGGAGGUGGUGGGAAAGGGGGAGGAAGAGGUGGGCGCGGACGAGGGCGGGGAGGAUUUAGAGGACGAGGGGGGUUCAGGGGACGAGGGUUUGGAAAUUAUGGACGCGGAUAUGGGCGUGGCUAUGGGUAUGGGCGUGGGCGUGGUUACGGGUAUGGGCGUGGCUAUGGAUAUGGGCGUGGCUAUGGAUAUGGGCGUGGCUACGGAUAUGGGCGUGGCUAUGGAUAUGGACGUGGAUAUUACUAUGGAUAAAGAAAACCGACUUUGAUGGACGCGUUGGAUGCCUUUAAAGUGAAUUUUUCAAAAUUAAAUGAACUGUUUGUGGAAAGAAUAAUUUUCGUUUUUAUAAAUUUAUUGAAAAAUAAAUAAUGCUCU